AUGACCCUUUCAUUGUCCCAAGUCUUUCAUGUCAUCAUUACGAUCAUGGCGAUUAUUUGGAUUCGAUACAACAAUGGAUUCUCUGGAGGACUGUUUACCCUGGACCACGGAGAAAUAAGACCUCACUGGAUGGUCCAGGAUGUUGAGGCUCGGCGCAUGUUAGAGUGUCCAUGGAGAGUGCUAGGCAACUUAGCCGAGACCUACAAACGUGGGGAAGCGACAAAUGACAUGGGCAAACAAACAUUCACAUCCAUUAACGGUCCUAUUGCACUUUUCCGCGGGCACACAGAACAGAGCAACACAAGAUCGCAAUACUGUAUCAAUCUUACUGUGACGACUGUCAAAUCAAUUACAGUUGAGCUUAUCCCUCCCCAGGAUGGACGACCCCUUGGAAAGUGGUCUGCCACGGAGAUGACGAGGCCGGAAGACGGCAUCGCAUCGCAUCGGGAUGUGGGUACCGCUCACUACAUUGUCGCUUGCGACGUGACGUGA